ACCAACACACUUUCAGCGGAGAGUUCCAUCCGAUCGCGAUAUCUUUAUUCGGGACAGGUAACUCACAGUGAGGUUGUGGAUAAGGCGGGCAUCCUACAGGUGCUACUUAUUAUAUAACUAACGGUGGAACCAAGGCGUGCUGUCCUUUUUAGUUUGUCUCGGAGUACGAAAGGUGGAAAUAUGAGCUAGUUGGCGUUCUGUGGGGUUACCUUAAGAUCAUCAUCUCUUGCUGUUUUACAGUCAUCGUUAACUUAUCACAGAUAUCGUCAUUCCAGAGAAAGUCUACAACCAUAGCAACAACUUUAGCAUGGCUGACGGCGGCAGAAUUCAAGCGAAGUUUCGGCGUGAAGGGGGAAAACCGUCUAAGCGGCGUUUUAGUUAUGAAGAGAUUGAUAAAGGGCAAUCAUGUUUACGAUGUGGCGACCGUUGUCAAGGAUUUAGCUUACACAAAUGGAGAAAUGCCUGUACCAAUUGUGGUUGUAUGAGGGAAGAUCAUGAUUUAAUACACGAUAACCUAGUCACAGUAUGUGAAAGGUUAGGCUUAGAGCUCAAGGACCACAAUGAAACAGAAAGAACUAAAGAGGGUGCUAUAUCUCUUGGCUAUUCAUGGACACCAGCCGGUCUUUCAGCUUCUAAGGUGGAAGAAUUUAUGAAUUCCUUACCUAAUCCUAUUAUACCAAAGUUACAUUCAGCCGGAGAGAAAUAUCGGGAUCGUCAACUUAUUUUGCAGAUACCAAAGCAAGACCUAGCACCCGAAUAUUGUCGACAUUUAAACGAUUCUGUUGCCAGAGAGAACUUUUAUCAGUUUUUGGAUAUUAGAGAUGAGACGGCAUUUGGGUUAGCUAGAGUUGAAGAUUACCUAACAGAUGAUAAGCCCUGUUCCAGGUGUGGUAAGGAUGUUGAGGCAGGUGAGAUUGGACUGUACGUGGACAGCAAACAGGAGGAAGCCUGUUGGCAUCCUGCAUGCUUCACGUGUACGACGUGCGAAGAAAUCUUAGUGGACCUUGCUCACUUUGUUAAAGAUUCUCAGAUAUACUGUGAACGCCAUUAUGCAGAGCUUAUAAUGCCUCGCUGUGCUGGAUGUGAUGAGUUGAUUUUUUCGGGAGAGUACAUCCGAGCCAUGAAUGAGAAUUAUCACAGUGGUCACUUCUGCUGUCACAAUUGUGACAAGACGUUAAGUGGUCAUCGCUACAUUCUACGAGAAGAAAACCCGUACUGUAUUGGCUGCUACGAGGAUGUGUUCGCCAAUAUUUGUGACGAAUGUGGAGACAAAAUUGGAACAGACUCAAAGGAUUUAUCGUACAUGGAUCGCCAUUGGCAUGAGUCCUGCUUCUUUUGUGCUAUGUGUAAAAAAUCACUGGUUGACAAAUCGUUUGGAACCAGAGACGAGAAGCUGUAUUGUAAUAAAUGUUUUGAAGACAACUUUGCCACGAAGUGUAAUGGAUGUGGACUUUGCUUUAAACCAGGUACUAAAAAGAUGGAGUACAAAGGCAAAGAAUGGCAUGAUAAAUGUUUUAAAUGUAAAAAUUGUAGUGAACCAAUUGGAACCCGCAGUUUUAUUCCAAGAGAUGAAGUAAUAUAUUGCCUAGCGUGCUAUGAAGAUAAAUUUGCCACCAAGUGUAAAGGAUGCAAAUUGGUUAUUUCUGAUGGUGGUGUGACUUACAGAAAUGAACCGUGGCAUCGAGAGUGUUUCAUUUGCAGCGGUUGCAAGAUCUGCCUUGCACGUGAAAGGUUCACCUCCCGUGAUGACAAACCGUAUUGCACUAAUUGCUAUGGUGAAAUGUUUGCGAAGAAAUGCUGUGGCUGUAAAAGGCCUAUUACCGGAAUUGGCGGCACUCGAUUUGUAUCAUUUGAGGAACGACAUUGGCAUAACGAUUGCUUCAACUGUAAACGAUGUGAUUCGUCACUGGUGAAUCAAGGUUUCAUGACCGAGAAUGAUGACGUUAUUUGUGCUAAAUGUGGACAGGAUUUGUAAAGCUUAUGCGAAUCAAAUCUUUACCUAUGAUAGAUUAUCGGAAGUCGAAGUUCAACCUUGUAUAGUUAAGUCAAGAGAUCUUGGCUUAUAUAAUGUUAACACUAAUUUUGUGUUAAUUAGUAUCUUUUAAUUAAUGAAAAGGAAUGUUGAUUUUUGCACGAUAACGAUGUUUGAUGCACGUGUGACAAUGCGUUCACAUUUCAUGGAGAGUUCGUUGCCUGUAGAGCAUUUGAAGAAUGUUUGUACUGUAGAAAUUUGACCAAAAUGCCAAAUUUUGAAUCUUUUACAAUUUUAUAGUUACCAUUACAAACUAGAUAUUGAAUAUGACUGUUGAAACCACAGAAACAGUCCGGUUGCUCAGAUUGUCAUCCGUAAAAUAUUCGUACCAAGUUUGUAAUAGAAAAGAAAAUUAUACACUGUUAUAAGUCAACCUGUAUAUUUGUGGAGUGUUUCCUGCAAUUAGGUUAAAUUAAUAUUAGCAAUGUAUAUUUAUCAGCUUAAGGCAUGUAAAAAUUUGAUGUGUUCCCUUGUUUCUUUUUAAAAGAAAUUUCCAAAAAUUACGCAUUGAUUUUACAGUAUUUCAAAUUAUGUGUUUGCCAUCAAUUUUAUACAUAAUUCUUAGUAUGUAGUCAAUAAAGUCUACUGCUAAAUAUAAAUAUUUGUGCUGAAUAUGAUCAAAACAUCCACUACAGUAUAUACAAAGAAGUGGAUCUUUUAUAUGUUUUUUCAUCUUUGCAUUAUGUUUGGGAUAUAAUUAAUGUUGGCUAUUUAAAAUUGGUAAUGUUCGUCUCCAUAUUCAUCAUCAGUAUAACUUAAAGAUGGGACCCCAAUGUUGUUUUAGAAUAGUGAGGACAGUAAUAAUUCUAGCAUUGUUAAUACUGUAAUGCAUUUAGCAUUUUUAAUAUAAUACUUAAAAAUCCCCAUGUGUUCUUCCAGUAAUUACAGUUUGAUGUUAAAUUAUACAGCCAAAUCUUGUAUAGUUGUAGUUCAUUUGCAGUCAUUAAUAUGACAAUAAAUUAGAAAUGUAAAACA